AUGUCAAGAGUUAGCAUAUGUGUGUUUGUGUUGCUAUGUGUGUUUGCGGCUAAAGCAGCCGCUCAAUCCGCUUCCAACGUAAGAUCAACUUACCAUAUCUACAAUCCUGCCCAAAACAACUGGGAUCUUUACCGAGUAAGCGCGUAUUGCGCGACGUGGGAUGGGAAUCAACCGCUUGAGUGGCGUCAGAGAUACGGCUGGACAGCUUUUUGCGGUCCGGUUGGACCGCGUGGUCGUGACUCUUGCGGUAGAUGUUUAAGGGUGACGAAUACCGGGACGGGAACGCAAGCGACGGUAAGAAUUGUGGAUCAGUGUAGUAACGGUGGUUUGGACUUAGAAGAAGGCGUUUUCAGACAGCUUGAUACUAAUGGUCAGGGAAUCGCUCGUGGUCACUUAAUUGUCAACUACGAGUUUGUUAACUGUUGA